UAUCCUGAAGAAACAGAGUAUAUUGGGCUUUUUGUGGCUGUGGGUGGGAGAGGAUGGGGAGGCAACCAUGCUGUGACAAAGUUGGGUUGAAGAAGGGUCCAUGGACAGCUGAAGAGGACAAGAAACUCAUCAACUUCAUUCUUACCAAUGGCCAAUGCUGCUGGAGAGCUGUUCCUAAGCUUGCAGGAUUGUUAAGGUGUGGAAAAAGUUGCAGACUAAGAUGGACAAACUAUCUUAGGCCAGACUUGAAGAGAGGUCUUUUAUCAGAAUCUGAAGAGCAAAUGGUCAUUGAUCUCCAUGCUCAACUUGGCAACAGAUGGUCUAAGAUUGCUUCUCAUCUCCCUGGAAGAACUGAUAAUGAGAUCAAGAAUCACUGGAACACCCACAUCAAGAAAAAGCUGAAGAAGAUGGGCAUCGAUCCUCUCACCCACCAGCCAAUCUCUACAGAAACCGAUCAACUUCAACACCAACAAGAACAAGAACAAGAACAAGGGCAAAAACAGCAACAGACUUGUCUGUCUGAUGAUACAUCAUUACAGUCACCCUCUGCCACUGAAGCCAAAGAGGAAGAGAAAAGCAUGAGAAGCACGUUUGAUCCAUUGGAGCUAAUAAAUGGUUUCUGCACAGACGAAGUUCCAUUGGUUGAACCCAGUGAGAUUCUAAUGCCAUGUGCUCCUUCUUCAUCGACUUCUUCCUCCUCAUCCUCUUAUUCCAAUUCCUCCAACCUUUUCCAAGAUUUACAGUUCCCAGAUUUUGAGUGGCCUUGUGACUACAACAACGGCCAAAACAACAUGGGCUUUUGGGACGAUGAUUUUAGCAGUUGGGAUUUGCUGAUUAAUGAUGAUGAUGUACAUGAUGACAGAAAACAGAGAACUGUUGAUCCUUCGUUAAUUCAGUGCCCAAGAAUGGUUUUGGAUCAAGAAUCUUGGGUACAUAGCCUAUUGUGAAUCGAGAAUAUCCCUGUGGGCUUAUUUGUAAUUUGGAUGUUAGAUUUCACAGAGAGUUAAAUAAAUCAAGAUCCGGGAAAAUCCCAUCUCUGAAUUUAGCAUUUUUCCUUUUCUUUUUUUUUUCUUUUUUUUUUUUUUUGAAAGGAACAU